UUUCCAAUUUUUGCAUUACUUGUUUGCUGUUGCUUGGGUUGUGUUCCUUUCCAAGGUUUUCUUUUCAAUUUAAUUGUAAAAUGGUGCAAAAAGAACAAAGAGUGAAUCUACCUUGGGUCGAAAAGUACAGACCGAGUACCCUGGAUGAUCUGGUUUCCCAUGAAGAUAUUAUAAAAACAGUGAGCAAAUUCAUCCGCGAAGACCAAGUGCCUCAUUUAUUGUUCUAUGGUCCGCCAGGAACAGGCAAAACUAGCACAAUUCUAGCCUGUGCAAGACAAUUGUAUACACCAGCCCAAUUUUCUUCAAUGGUCUUGGAACUGAAUGCCUCAGAUGACAGAGGUAUUGGGAUAGUGAGAGGACAAAUUUUAACUUUUGCAAGCACCAGAACGAUCUUCAAAAGCGGCUUCAAAUUGAUAAUCCUAGAUGAAGCUGACGCUAUGACUAUGGAUGCUCAGAAUGCGUUAAGGAGAAUUAUAGAAAAGUAUACUGAAAAUAUAAGAUUUUGCAUUAUUUGCAAUUAUUUAAGUAAAAUUAUUCCUGCACUACAAUCCAGAUGUACCAGGUUCAGGUUCGGACCUUUAUCUCCAAAUCAAAUUCUUCCUAGAUUGAAUUAUGUCAUUGAUGAAGAAAAAGUUGAAAUUACUGAAGAUGGUAAGGAAGCUCUCCUAACUCUAGCCAAUGGAGAUAUGAGGAAAGUAUUAAAUGUUUUACAAAGUACUUGGCUUGCUUAUAAAAAUGUUACUGAGGAUACUGUAUACACUUGUGUAGGACAUCCUUUGAGAAUUGAUAUUGAAAAUAUUGUAAAAUGGUUGUUGAAUGAAGAUAUGAAAACUGCAUCUAAAAAUAUUCAAGAAUUGAAAACCUUGAAAGGUUUGGCUCUAAGUGAUAUUAUUACUGAAAUACAUAAGUUUGUUCAUAGAAUUGAAUUCCCAUUUGAAACUACUAUAAGGCUGCUAGAUAAAAUGGCAGAAAUUGAGUACAGGCUAGCACAAGGAGCAAAUGAGGGUAUUCAGUUGACUGGACUGAUAGCUUCUUUCCAGUUUGUUAAGGAAAUUAAACCUCCAGAAUAAGGAUUAUUUUAAGGUUUGUCAUCAAAUUUUCAUAAAAUUUGGAUAAUGAAAGAUUAAUUUUGUAUUUAGAUUUUUUUAUUUUUGUAGUAAAAAUCACAUAACCAUUUUUGAGGAUUAUUAAACAAUAACAAUUAAUAUUUUCCCCAUUGUUUCAUUAAAAAGGCAAAAAUAAAAAAAUAAAUUGAAGAAAAACAACAGUCGCAAUAGUUUAAAUAGGUAUUCUAGAAAAGUUAGAACUUAUUAACAUAAAUAACUUAAUAUGUAAUUGGGACUAGACUUAUUUUUCUUUGUUUAGGGCUUGAAUAAAUUCUUCUAGUUUCUCUUGAAUUUGUC